UAUUAACUUCCAUCAUUAUCAUCUACUGAUUAGUGAUUAUUGCUUAAAUAUUGUGUUUCUGCCUUUGUUUCCCCCUUUUUCAUUAGUAAUUACUGUUUUUUAGGCCUUUAUUCUCGUUUUUAUUCCAUUAAUGCAGAAAUUUUUUAGAUAAAUGGAUGUUAGAUGUGUGAAUUUUGUUAAUAUAGUUGAAUUCAUUAAUAAUAUGUUGGUUGAUUGAAUUGUAAUUUUCCUUAUAUUUGAAAAUUUGUAUGUAAGAUAGUUUUGAUGAUCUAGGGUUUUAAUUAGGCAUAAAUAGCAAUGGAUCUUUUGUGUUUGACUUAUUUAUCUGUGAUAUAUGAAUUUUGGAACUAAUUUUACUGGAAUUAUUUCUAGUGUUACUAAUAGGAAUUUGUAGUUUUGAAUUUUGAUGAAAUGUGAAACUGAUAUUGGUUGGAUUAUGAUGUGAAAAUCUGAUUUGAUUAGGGUUUAUAGUAAGCUGUAACAUUUUUAAAAGUUUAAAUGCGAUAUUUGAUUUCCGUUUUCGAAGAUUGUUAUGCUAAUAUUCCUCAGAUUUGGAGAUCUUUGACGGUUAUGGUGUAUACCAAAUUGUUCCACAUAUUAUGAUGUAUCUACUCUUAUUAAUAUAGAGUGAGAGUGGUCUUGGUACUUUAUCCGGGGUGCGAGAACAAAUGGCUCGAGGAAACGGGAUUGGGGUCAAGGGAAGUGGUCGAAGAAGGGUUCAAAAAAGAGAAAAUGACUCGGAUGAGGAAUAUAGGGCGACUGAAGAGGAAGAUUGUGACGAGUCAGAUGAGUUCUAUACUUUAGAUGGUGAGGAAUCAGAAGAGAUUCUUGCUGAUUUUGGAGAGUCGAGGAGAGUUUCUAGAUCAAGAAACAUCCGGAGAACUUCUUCAAGUAAAAAGGUAAAUGGGAUAAUGAAGCCUCGGAAAAGGAGAAAAGUUGUUUAUACAGAAAACGAUGAUGAUGAGGUUGUUGAUGAAAAGGCUGCAGAAUUUAUGUCUUUGGGCAGGCAAGUUGACCAGAAGAAGAACCCGACAGCGAAGGAGAGGGUUUCAUAUACAAACGAUAAUGACGGUGAUGGUGAUUAUGUGGAUGAAGAGGACUAUGCUGAAUUUGUGUCUUCAGGUAGAAAGAGAAACCAGAGAAGGAAACCUCUUGUAUAUACAGAUGACGAGGAUGAUGAUGAUGGUGAAUUUAUGUAUUCAGGUAGGAAGGUAAACCACAAAAAGACCCUUCGGGAGAAGCGAAAAGUUUCAUACACAGAAGAUGACGAUGAUGAUGAUUCCGGGUGUAUGUAUCCAAGUAGAACAGGAAACGAGAUAAAGGGUAGAAGAAAGAGGACAGAUUCAUAUAAAGAAGAGGAGGAAGAUGAAAACGAUGCAGAAUUCGAGCUUAGCGAACGUGAUUUCGUUGAUGAAGAAGAGGAAACUCCAAAGAUGAAGAAAAACGACAAGGUAAGCAGGUAUUAUCCACAGAAGAAGAGUGAUCGGGAAGGACAUAAAAAGUGCAAAAACUUGAAGUCCGUAAGGCGGAAUCAAACAGAUCAUAGAUCUAGCCAGAAGUUAGGUUCUUCUAAAGAGAGGCCAGUAACAAACAAAACCCAGAUCAAAAACCGAAAGAAGAAGAUCUCGAGACGAAAGCAAAGGGAAAUGGUAGAAUCUGAUUCUGAUUUCGUUAAUUCUGCAUCCUCUGAUCAUGAAUACACUAUUUCAGAGGAAGAAAGAGAACAGAUAAGAGAAGCCAGGGUAUACUGUGCCGGUUUUAGAAAUACGCUGAGAAGAUCUUCAUGUGGAAAUCAAGAACAUCAUCCCACGUACGAACAAAGAAAAUAUCCACUUCAAAAAGGUAAAGAAAAGAUAGCAGAUAAGAAAGAUGUAGGCAAUCAAGUUUGUGGAAUUUGUUUAUCGGAAGAACGGAAGAGAACCGUGAGAGGGGUCCUAAAUUGUUGCCAACAUUAUUUUUGCUUCUCGUGUAUUAUGGAAUGGUCAAAGGUCGAAUCCCGUUGCCCACUUUGCAAGCAAAGAUUUGCAACAAUAACAAAAGCUGCAAAAUCAGACACAGGAUUUGAUUCGAGAUCCGCGGUUAUACAUGUUCCUGAAUGUGAUCAGGUUUACGAACCGUCCGAGGAAGAACUGAGGGGUUACCUUGAUCCGUAUGAAAGUGUCAUCUGUAGCGAAUGUCAUAAUGGUGGCGAUGAUGCUUUGAUGUUAUUAUGCGAUAUAUGUGAUUCAUCUGCACAUACUUUUUGCGUCGGUCUCGGACGCGAGGUACCAGAAGGAAACUGGUACUGCGAGGGAUGUAGACCUACUGUAAUUGGAACCGUAAACUCGCAACGCCCAACUCCUAAUUCAAAUACAGGAUUAAGCAGCAAUGCAUCAGAUUUAUUGUCUCCGGUUGUUGGAGGCUUUGAUCUAAACGAGCUGUAUGUACCCGAAACGCCAUUGACACAACAAACGCUUGUUCGACCUGAACCUGUGUCUGCGACUAUUGGAAAUGUAGCAACUACACUAAGGGAUAGACGUAGAACACAUCGUCAAAUACAUCAUCAUUUUUUGAAUAAUAAUAAUAGAGUGAGUGAUUUGGUUGGUAGAUCUAGUGUAACAUCGACAUCUUCGUCAGGAAUUAGAUUAUUUGGCACGCAGCUUGAUCAAAAUGAUCAUAUAUUUCCUUCACAGAAUUCAGAUUUGGCACCUGUUGAUGUGUCAUUGCAAGAUGAACAUGGUGGGUUUGGUAUGGGUAUGGGUAUGGGUAUGGGUAUGGGGUUCGAUUCAAGAUUGGAAUAUGCACAGCUCCACCACCCAUGCACCAACAGAUCAAACAUGAUGGUUAUAGUACCCUCGAGGACAACACAAGGCGGUCUUCAUACACCAUACUAACCACCGACAGGCUGUUAGACGACUGUGGAAUUUUUUUUCAAUCAUGAAUCCGGAAUACCAUCAAUUGGUGUGGUUAAGGUUCAGGUGUUUGGUUGGUAGUGAUGCAGUUGGAUCACCCACUCCAACCCCUCAAAUUCAUUCUUAUAUUUAUCAUUUAACAACCUUUAUACAGGUCAACCAUUGUUAUAAUCUUGUGACGUGUAAGUCGUGCAAUAAAAGUUGUAACCUUUAUACAGGUCAACCUUUGUUAUAAUCUUGUGCUUGGUUGGUUGGAGUUGAAUAGUAGUGGGACAAUGAUUGGUGAGUCUUGUGUAGUCAUGUUCUUGACAUUUUGCAUCUUAUUAUGUGUCAUAGGAUUGACCAAUGGUUAUAAGAUAAUCGGAGGACGUUUUUCUA